CCAGACCAGGUCGCCAAAAUGACGAUGCGGUAAGCUGGGAGGGUGUACAGGGUCACACACGAGGCAGGCGCGGUCGACAUCUGCCAUUUCACGGCUACACAUCGGAGCCAGUAGCGAAGGACGGGCAGAUCUGGUGGAGGGAGGGAGGGCAGACAGCCAGGGAUGGGAGCACCACAGACAGCAAGGGAGGAAGGGAGAGGGCGGCGGCAGCGUCAGAUCAGCGUGCAGCCCGCUUUCUGGGUGGCCGACAUUUUCACGAGCUGAUGUGCCCUCUCUGUCUGUGUGUGUGUGCCCCAUGCCCUGCAGGCCAACGGUGACGGUGUACGACCUCUCCGGAGAGUCGCUCGACAAGACGGUCAAGACCCCCGCGGUGUUCGGUUCGCCCAUCCGUCCCGACCUUGUGCGUGAGGUCCACCGUGACGUCAACAAGAACAAGCGUCAGGCCUACGGCGUGGUGCUCGAUGCCGGCUACGGCUCGUCGGCCGAGUCGUGGGGCACUGGCCGUGCCGUGGCGCGCAUUCCCCGUGUGCCGGGCGGCGGGACCCACCGCAGCGGUCAGGGUGCGUUCGGCAACAUGUGCCGCGGUGGAGGGAUGUUCAAUCCCAACCCCACCUGGCGACGAUGGCACCGAAAGGUACAGGAGGGAGCAAUCCAGGAGGAGAGGGGAAUGGGAUGUGGUGUGUUGUCUUGUGUGCGUCAGGUGAACGUCACCAAGAAGCGUCACGCGGUGGCUUCUGCGGUUGCUGCCACCGGUGUGCCGCCCUUGGUGAUGGCCCGAGGACACCGGAUCGGCGACAUCCCAGAACUGCCACUCGUCAUCGCCGGUAAGCAACCACUCCCAGAAGGCCACACACACACACACACAGACAGACAGAGAGAGAGAGACGCAGAGAGACGCAGGAGCAGACAGACAAGCUGGAUUGGUGUUGGUGGAUAUCACACACCUGAAUGUUGUGUGUGUGCGCUUCAGACAAGGUGCAGGACGUUGCCAAGACCAAGACGGCGAUGGAGUUCCUCAGCAAGGUGGGCGCCACCAACGAACUCGACAAGGUCAAGGAGUCCAAGAAAGUCCGAGCGGGCAGAGGUAGGCACACACCCCAAACACACACACACACACACAUGCGGUCGUUCGUUGUGUCAGGCAAGCUGCGCAACCGUCGCUAUGUGCUCCGUCGCGGCCCCCUGGUCGUCUACGAGAAGGACAACGGCAUUGUGCGAGCCUUCAGGAACAUCCCUGGUGGGCAAACACACACACACGCGCGGCACCAGCCCACCUUGUGCCCAUGUGGUCUGUCUGUCUGUCUGUCUGUGUGUGCAGGUGUUGAGUUGUGUUCGAUCGACCGUUUGAAUCUGCUCCAGCUCGCACCCGGCGGCACCAUCGGCCGAUUCGUCAUCUGGUUGGUCCAUGCAUGCGACAGAGGCAGACACAGACAGACAGACAGACGGACGGACGGACGGAUGUGUGUCGGCUGCAGGACGGAGUCUGCCUUCUCCAAGCUGACACCUCUGUUCGGCACCUACAGGUGAGCCGCCACAACACAAUACAACACAACACACCACACGGCACCACACAGUACACUCACCGUCCACCUACGCCUUCAUGCGUUGGCUGCGUGCGUAUGUGUUGUCACUCAAUCAGGUCUGGUAGUGUGCUCAAGAAGGGUUACCACCUGCCCCGUCCGGCUUUGGGCAACGCCGACCUGGCCCGCCUGAUCAACUCGAGCGAGAUCCAGUCGGUCGUCAAGCCCAUGCGGAUGGCGCCCAAGCGCACCGGCAUGCGCAAGAACCCCCUCAAGAACCUGUAAGCCACACACAGGGUGGAUUCGUGGAUGGAUGGGCCAUGGUUGGCUGUGUGUGUGGUUCGUUCAGGAGCGUGCUGGCUCGUUUGAACCCUGCGGCUCUGGAGAAGAAGGCCCUGGCCCGCCUGCAGCAGACCGAGGGCACUCCCGAGGUGCGUGCGCACCCACACACACACACACUCUGAAUGGCAUCGGACCAGCCAGGAGGGACACAUCGCAACACAUUGCCUAUGUUGUGUGACUGCGUGCCUCUUGUUUAGCGUGAGGCGUUGCUGAGCCAGAAGCGUGCUCGCGAGGAGGCCGCCAAGGAGUUCGACGCCGUCGACGAGAAAUACCGACAGGAGGUGCGUACCUAACCUACACAGAUGCACAGACAGACACACUGACGGACACGAGGGUCUUCAUGUGUGUGGGUGUGUGUCUGUGUGUGUGUGUGCAGAUGAUGGACGCCUUCAACACCUAUGCAGAGGGCCUGCCCCUGAAGAAGCAGAAGGCCGGCCCGGGCGAGGCCGCCGAAGAGGCCGACGAGGAGGGCGACCAGGAGGAGGAGGACGAGGAGUAAAUCAAUCGAUCAAGCAAGGAAUGAACCUCACUCACAGGCACACACCCAUACAUGCAGACAAGACGG